UCACAGUAAUCUCGCCGUAAUCAAAUGGUUGCAAAGUUUGUGGUUUUAUAGGUUCUCAAAGGCCAAGGCAACUACAUAUUUUGCAAAGUUGUCAAAUGUUUGGAUUUUAGAAGAUUUAUGUGGUAACUCUUCUUGAUUAAGUGAAGGUUUUGAUUCAAUUGUGUUUUAAAUGGAUUUAACGUCCACUUCAUCUGGAAUUGGUGAUAUUCAUUCGACUGGAGCAUCUGGAAGUGAACCAUUGACUUCAUCUGAUAGUUCUCAAUGUUGCCACCCUGACAUUAAGAAAUCAUGGGACACUUUAGUAUUUCAUUCUAUUAAAGAGGUUGAAGAUUUCUAUGGUCAGUAUGCAUAUAAAACUGGAUUUUCAAUCAGGAGUAUGUUGAAGUCGAAGAAUAAUUCAAAGAAUAAGAAGUCGGAUAAGAUACAUUACAUACGUUAUGUUUGUAACAAAGAAGGUUUUAAGAAAGGAAGUUUGCUUAAUCCGAACAACAAGCCAAGAUCAGACAGUCCGGUUGUUAUUGAAUUUGAAAAAGUGAAAGAGAGACCGGAGGAAAGGAUUGGUUGUAAAGCUGGAAUAUAUCUGAAGUUGGAUGAAGCAUUGAAUGUUUAUAAGAUAUAUAGAUGGGAAGGGACACACUGUUAUCCACUACAUAGAAAAGAGCAUCACUGUUACCUCAGAUCAUUCCGAGAAGUAAAUGAAGUUCAAGGACAGCUUGCUUUAAUUAAUUCUAAAGCUGGAAUGUCGAUGAGGACGUCUUAUGAAGUCAUGGGUUAAGGAGUUUGAGGCACGGGGAAUCUCCCAUUUCGGUUUUCGGACUUAAAGAAUUAUUUGAUGACAAUUCGUUCAAAGGAGAUGAUGAGGGGUGAAGCAACUGUAAUUCAAGAGUUUUUUAGGAAUGAAGCUAUGUCGAAACCAUCUUUUUAUUAUGAUAUGCAAGUUGAUGCUGCAGAAGACAUAGCUAGCAUUUUUUGGGCAGAUGGAAUUAUGCAACUGGAUUAUUCUUUAUUUGGCGAUGUCAUCAGUUUCGAUACAACGUACCGAACAAACAAUCAAUAUCGUCCAUUAGCCGCCUUUCUUGGUUUUGACAAUCAUCGCAAGAGUGUCUUAUUUGGUGCUGCCUUACUGUAUGAUGAGACAGCUGCUACUUUUGAUUGGUUAUUUACCACAUUCUUGAAGUGCAUGUCUAAUAAGAAACCACAGACGAUAUAUACAGACCAGGCUACUGCGUUGUUGAAGUCAGUUCCGAAUAUUUUUCAAGGUGUUUUCCAUGGUCUUUGUUCGUGGCACAUGUCAGAGAAUGCAAAGAAAAAUCUUGGUACUCGUGCGAACAGUUCCUUUUUUGAUGAGGUAACUAAUUUGAUUUUAAAUGUAGAAGACGAAUCAGAUUUUGACUAUAAUUGGGAUCGGAUGAUGAAAAAUUGUUUUGAUGGAAGGCCUAUUUCAUAUUGGACAUGGCUUAUCCAGACUCAUAGGAAUCGUAUGUGUUGAAGCAAAAUCCUUUUU